AUGCCAAGUCCCAAUCUCAUCUCGCACAUCUCAUCACGGGUGGACUGGCUGACGGGAUCGCGCCUUGGUCGAGACCAGCCGAGAAGCAUCACUGACGUCGGAAGUGAGGAUAUCGCACUCCUUGCAAGCGUCAACGUUGUCGGGACAGACACCGAUAACAAAAGACGAACGAUGAUGGAUCGACCACAAAGCAGCGGCAGUAUUGACGACUUAUACGUGCAAGUACAACAUGGGGAUAUACGGUACUCAAAGUACUACAUGAGACAUCAACCAGCAGCAGCAGGACCGGGAACAAAGUCGAUGAAGUUGUAUCGGAUCGUUUCGGAUCUCAUUGUGAUGCCCCAUGGCUCCCCCCAGCCGAUGGAAUUGGAUGCGCCAGGCGGGGGGGUUUGGUAUCCCCUCGUGCCGUUCGUUGCUCAGGUUAGUCAGGUCGGCCUCUGCAAGAACUGGGCUGGGUUGGAGCAGGAUACCUGGCCGCUUUCUGCCCGCCCUGUCGCAAGUCCCUUUUUUUCUCCGACUCUUGUGUCAUUGCGACCACACCCUCUCACAGCACAAGGCCGCACAACCACAAAUUCUUGCCUUGCCGUGCUGCAGCUGCCCAGCUGCCUUUGUGCUUGUGAAGUUGGUGAUCCCUUCGAAUUCAAGUUUGGCGCUGGCUGGCUGGUUUUGUUCUGGGGUGUUGAUUACAAGAUCCGGUCCUCGUCCGCUUGUUGA